GCCACAGAAAUGAACAACAACUUAGUCGGAGAUGAAGUCGGGAAACUGUUUGUGGGUGGAUUGGACUGGAGUACCACACAAGAGACACUUAGAAACUACUUCUCACAGUAUGGGGAAGUAGUAGAUUGUGUCAUCAUGAAGGACAAAACUACAAAUCAGUCGCGAGGCUUCGGCUUUGUCAAAUUCAAAGACCCCAAUUGUGUACGGACAGUGCUGGAGACAAAGCCGCAUAAUCUUGAUGGAAGAAAUAUUGACCCGAAGCCAUGCACUCCCAGAGGAAUGCAACCUGAAAAAUCUCGAACCAAGGAGGGCUGGAAGGGCAGCAAAGCCGAUAGCAAUAAAUCAAAGAAGAUAUUUGUAGGUGGAAUCCCCCAUAACUGCGGCGAGCCUGAACUCAGGGACUAUUUCAAUAGAUUCGGAGUGGUCACAGAGGUGGUAAUGAUCUAUGAUGCAGAGAAGCAGAGGCCCCGAGGUUUUGGAUUUAUUACUUUCGAGGCCGAACAAUCAGUGGACCAGGCUGUCAACAUGCAUUUUCACGACAUCAUGGGCAAAAAAGUGGAAGUGAAGAAGGCUGAACCUCGUGACAGCAAAGCUCCUGGCCAGCUUGGCCCUGGCCAGUGGGCGCCCAGGGGCAUCUUGAGUGCAGCUAAUGGUUGGACAGCACAGCCUGCCCAGGGCUGGCAGCAGCCUUACGGGGCACAGGGAGUGUGGGUGUCGACUACUGGCCAACCCUUAGGCGGCUAUGGACCUCCGUUGACAGCAAGCCGCGGAACCCCCACACAGCCUCCGUCACCUUUCAACGCGUUCCUGGUCACGACCCCAGCGGGCGGCUUCGCUGCACCUCAGGGCUUCCCUCAGCAGGGCUACAGCACAGCACCUCAGUUUGGUUACAGUUUCGGCACACCCCAAGCAGACCAGUAUGGUCCACAGGUUCCUCCUCCGCCCACCACUCCAGGAAGUGCACCUCUGGGCUUUGCCCCCGCCACCACACCAACUCAGGACAUGAACAAAGCUCCAACUGGGCAGCCUGACUUCCCUUAUAGCCAGUAUGGUAAGAAAAGCACAGUAUCUGGGUUCAGUCAACCUGGUCUCCUCAUCUCCCUGAUAGGCUUGGGUAACUACCUUCAGGACCCUUCUGCCUACGGACCAACGCGUCCUUCUCACAGUUAUGGUCAGGAUGAGCAGGGAGGAUAUAGUGCAGGGUACGGGCAGGACCUGACAGCCUUCAGCCACACCUUCGCAGACCCCAGCCAGCAGACGGCUUCGUACGGGGCUCCGACAGCACAGUCCGCCGCCGUCCCCCUGUCUGCCGCCACUGCGUUCGGCAGGGGGCAGAACCACAACGUACAGGGCUUUCACCCAUAUCGACGCUGACCACCACCUAUGGGCAGGUCCGCUGUGUAAAGUUCAAAAACAAAAAAGAAGAAGUCAGGGAAAUGUGUGUUCUCGCUAAAAAGCAAAACUGGAGUUCUGGAUUGUUCUAUGGGAAUGUUGAAUGCACACAGUUUGUGAAACGGAAACCUUUGAUUCCAGUAAAUUCAAAAGGGGUCUAAAGAAACCCAGGUUUUUUUUUUUUGCAUAACUUUAUGAACGUUCAGCAGAAAGAAGCUUUUAUCCCCCACCCACCCCACCCCAUGUUUUAUAGUAGGACUAAACUACUUUGCAAUAAUUUUGAUUGUCUGGUCAAACACUAGCACAGAGACUAUAUGUAAAGAGACUUGCAUAUAAAUAUGUAUAUUUAUGGUGGACACAAAUGAAAACAGGGUCUCAAGUUUCCUCAGCUUUAAAUUCUAGGGAAAACAUGUUUUUAUUUUUCAUUUGGUGGAUUUUGUUUACUUUCUGAGCCUUUAAAGUUUGUUUAAAAUGGAGAUUAUGAAUAUAUAUAUAUUAUACACAAACUGUGCAAUUUUUUAAAAAGAGAAUUUUGUACUAUAAAUGUACACUUUGCUUGUUUUUUUAUUUAAAGAUGUAGACUUCCCUCAGGUGGCUCUUUUGGGUGCAUUUUUUGCACUUACGCAAAAAGAAAAAAAGGACAAAUUAUUACAAAAAUAAAUGUUUUAAGGAUACA